AUGGCACAUCUUGCUUCAAGCUUCGAUUCUACAAGUAUUGGUAGGAAUAAAUAUAAAUGGGCUGGGCAUAAGAAAACAAAUAUCAGAGAAAAUUUAUCCUUCUUUGAUGGCAACAGUUUCUCACAAAGAAGAGUUUCUAAUGCUCCUACUGAACAGAGGAAGAUUGCUCAUAAAACUUCUAUCAAUAAUUUGGCUAGAGGCAGACGAGAAAGUGUUAGGUUAAGAAAAUAGAUCUCUCCCACCACUUAAAAAUCCAAGGGAUUUCAAGAAAAAUUCAAGUGUUAAUCGAACACUUACUAUUGUCGAAAGCCCUGAAUUUGGAAAAAGAGGGAAUUCAGGAAGAAAUAAAAAGAUUUAUCGCACUUCAACCAAAAAGAAACCUGUCAUAUCCCUGCAGCAGAGGAAAUCUUCUUUACGAGCUCCUGAUAAUCCCAUAAAUCUGUCAACCAUAAAUAAGGAAGGUCGAAAUAAAUUUUUCGUUGAUAAAAUAAAGAGCUAUCAAAAAUUGCAGGAAAAUAUUAAAAAGAAUCAGUUAGUCACCAGAUUCAAGCAAAAAUUUGGGAUAUCAGUCAAACGUUACAUCGCAAACAUUCUAUCAUACGAAGAUCUUGAGGUCUUGCUCAAGAGGAAAGCUUUCAUCUACUCAAAUUCCCAACAUGGGCUCUCACAGUGGGAAAAAUGGGCUAUUUGAAUACAGAAAUAACUGGAGAGGCUAUAUUAUUAGGAGAUAUUAUGGUAGCGUAAAAAGAAGAAACUUCUCUGCUAAGAUUAUACAGCGGCACUGGCACAAUUAUAUCAUGCAGAAACAAAGAGUUAUUUAUGAAUCUAUUCCUGAAAAAGGGGUCUAGAAGUGGCAGCACCAGGAAACCCUGAUAAAGAUCAAAGUAGUAAAUGGAGAACACAACUUAACCAAACUUUGUCAUAUUUUGACCAUAUUUAUAAAUAAGUUAUGAGAAGAUGCUCAGAUAAAAAUAAGGUAUCACUGGCUCAAGUACAAACGGCAAAAUUUAAUACAAACAAAGAAAAUUUUCAAAAAUAAUUUAUUCAAACCAAAAACCUUUGUUCCAAAGCACAGAGACAUAAUAUUCAAAAACCCUCAAGGAUUAGUAAAAGAAUACACUCAGAAAGUGCCAGACCAAAAAUGUGGAUGAUUGUUAUCUAAGGCUGGGUUACAAAUUAAUAUCAAGAAUUCUAUAACAAUACGCAACAAUGUGAUCUCGAAGGUCCCGACGUUAAGGGUCAUCUCACCAGAAGAAUAGCUCCUUUCACAGAUCCAGAAGGAGCGUCUUUUCUUCACAGGAAAUAAAUGAGAAAGUAUAAGUUUUCAUCUUUCAA